AACUGCUUAGCCAGAGGCUACGUUGUUUAUUCGACAUUAAAUUGGUGUUUUAGAAUGUAUAGAAAUCGAAACCAUUUAGACCGCCUUAGGGAUGAAAAGGUACAUCUUACACUUUUUCACUCCUACCAACCCUGUUGAGGUAAAUUGCUCCAGUUUGUUUAUCAGUAUGUAUCAAACCCAAGUACGCCACUGAUACUACCCACCGCUUCGAUUUGCCUUAACAAAAUUUAUUAUUGAGAAAAUAGAAUGAACAAAUCCCACAUUACGAUUUCAAUACAGUAUGACUAUUAUAAAAUAUGCGAAACUGAUUUAAGCUCUUAAAUUUGAUUUUUAACAUUUUAUAAUUAUCUGCCUUCUGAACAGUUCGUUUGAUAAUGAAUUUAUGUGUUGUGACUUACCUAUUUUCUUAUUCUUUAUUCAUUCUUUUUACUCCUGUAAAAUCAUAUUACGAAAAUGGUAAGUCUCGUCCUUGCAAAUGUGGAGAUUUACUAUACCGGUUGCUUAAUUCACGCCAAAAUGAAAAUAUUCUCGGAGGAAAUGAAGCAUAUAACGAAGAUGAUGACACCUACAAUGCACCUCAAAUGGCGCCUCAAUUCCAAGAAAUAUUUGACAAACCAUCUAGACAAUUAGGGCAACUGAUCCUCAAUAAAAUCCUCAUUCCUAUAUCAAGCAGGAACUUUGCCAUGGCAAGAGUACCACGUCCUCAAUCUAGACGAAGGCAAUUAAAACAAUUUUGUUUUUUUAUAACUGAUAAAAGUGAGGUACUUUGGUGUCCCGGAGCUUUAGCAAAAAUUGGAAAAUUUUUAAGAGAAAAACCGACAUUUUUUGGGAUACUAAAAGUACUCUUUGAUAGUUUUAUCGCAGCACCUUUAAAUUUUCUAUUGGGUUUACCAGUCUGUGAUUAACAGCAUUCAUUAAGAAUA